AUGAGCGAAAGCGAAGUUACCACAGAUCCUAAGGUUGUUGAAGACGUUAAAGAAGAAGUUGAGGCCAAGAAAGGUGUUGAUGCUGCUGCACCUCCGAUGCCUAAACGACCAAUUUCACCUACCGAAAAGGUGAUUCAAGACCUAAGAGACGCCUUUCCAGGUCUGGAGGACAAGUAUCUCAAGAUGGCAUUAAUUGCAUCUCAAGGUCAGCUCGACCCGGCUUUCAAUGCUUUGUUAUUCCUUUCUGAUCCAAACAGCGAUAUUCAUGUUCCUUCGCCUCAUUCUGGCCCUGAUGAGAAUGAGAAGGUCUCUGCUAUGAAGGCACAAUCGUCUCGGCAGAGGCAAUUGGAGACCGAUGAGGCAUUCGCUCGAAGAUUGGCUAGAGAGUAUCAGCAUGUUGGUAAAUCCCAUCGUAACCAUUCAUCUGUGUCAACGGGUGAUGCCAAUCACAAGACGAUUCCCGCCUGGGCUAAAGAUGAUGAUGAUGAGUUGGAUGACUUAUAUAAUUCCCUUAGCAAGAAUGUAGAGACCGCUAGGAACAAGUUUGGUAAUUGGAUGGACAAUCUUGCUAAGAAGAUCAACACAGAUGGUCAGGAAACUGAUACUUACCAGACUCAUCAAGCUCCUACUUUACCACAUCGCAGAAAGCCCCAGCUUUUCAGUGCCUUUGGUGCCAACCAGAAGGAUCAGCCUCUUCCUCCUGUUCCUUCCAACGAUGCGGAUGAAGUCGGAGGAUUGGCUGACAGAAUGGCCCCGAUAAAGAUGUCUGACGAUACUGAACCUCCUGUUAAGGAGGACAUUGCGGAGAAUACUACGAAAGAUGAGGACCAGAAGCACAAUUCCUCCAGUAAUUGGACGGCUCUUUCCUCCGUUCAACCUGAGCCUGUUCCCAGCGACAAGUUUCUAGUUGACGACAGUGAAGACGAGGAUGAAGACGAGAAGCCAGAACCAAGCCAAGAAGAAAAGCCAAAGAAAUCGGACGCCUUAAGCUCUUAA